AUGGCCAACCCCCUCGACACCGACGCUGGUACGGAGCUUUUCAAGCACUACGAAAUAGAGUAUCAGCUGGUGCAGGCCGAUUUAACACAGAAGCUCGAACAGAUUGCGGAGCUAUCGGGGGAGCCGCGGAAGGCGGCGCUCAGUGCGGCAGAACGGGCGCUAGAAGAAACCAGCGAGCUGCUCGACCAGAUGCAGAUGGAGAAGCAAAACGUGCCCUCGACAGCGCGCACCUCGAUCAACCGGCGGCUCCGUGACUACAACACCGACAUCGACGGCUACCGGCGCAAGCUGCAGUCCCUGGCCGGUGACAAGGCCGCGCUGUUCGGCGCGCGGUUCCGCGAUGAUCCGAGCUCGUCGGCGGACAUCCACUUGGAGCAGCGCCAGCAGCUGCUGGCGGGGACGGACCGACUCGACCGCAGCACGCAACGUCUGAAGGCCAGCCAGGCGCUGGCUGCCGAGACCGAGACAGUCGGCGCCAGCACGCUGGCUGAACUGCAGCGGCAGCGUGAAACGAUCGACCAUACUACACGGAUGCUGUACGAGAGCGAGGGCUAUGUUGAUCGAAGUGUCAAGACAUUGAAGGGAAUGGCACGCAGGAUGGCUACAAAUCGGGUGAUUACUAUUGCUAUUAUUACGAUAUUGGUUCUGCUCAUCGUUGCGGUUGUCUUCAGCAAGUUCAGAUAA